AUGCAGUACCUGCCAACCCAGAUUAAGAUCAAUCCUUUCAUGGGCACGUGCAUACUGCUGUCCUACGUUGGCAUCAUAGCAGCAAUAAGUGGCCAUGCCUCACACGCCAAAGCCCCUCGCUUUCCUACCGCCAUCGCAUCGAACCUCACAAGCCAGCAAGAUUUCAAACCACCAACAUAUCGAAACGUGACUUACGGUGAGGCAUGGCUGUAUCCAGGCAAACGAUUCGGCAAGAGGACCCAGAUCGAUGAUACGAAUUGCGAAUGUUUCAGCCUUACCGGGUGUUAUGCUUUCGCCAGCGAUCCCGGAGCCUCCUCAGCACCUGCAACUAGCGAAGAGCAGCAGGCUUCAACCCAAAGCUCAUCGCCUUCAUCAUCAGACACACAAGAUAACGCGGUAGGGAUCAACAGCAUGACGGUCUAUACUGGCACAACCGCUCUUGCAGACCUGACAGACACACAAUGGCCCUUUGGUUUCAUCAUUCCCCCACCAACGACAACAAUACAAGUGACAAUAGCGCAAGUCUCCGAAUCAGGUACAAUUUCCGGCUAUUGUCCACCCCUUACCUAUUCCGGCGGCUUCGACGUCCAUUGGUCCUACAUCUGCGAGACACUCACAACGCAGCCACCAUCCUCGACCGUGUACUCAGUCGAUCCAACCACGAUCCCACAGCCAUCUUCGAGCAGUAGCACAGCCUCUUCAAGCUCCUCUUCAGAAGAAGUUACAUCGACUGGCAAACCAACGCUCUGCUUCAACACCCAAGUCGGCUCUGCCAUUCCUUGUUCCACCACCGUAUCCGCCACCGAUACGACUUUUGACAACUCGCCACCUGGCACCUCCGUCGUAAAAUCCACUGCCAGCAGGACUGACAACGGUUCUAACAGCACCACCCGCUGCUUAGCUUUCUUCACGUCUGUCUGCGCCGUCCUCGUGAUUUUCCGCCGUCCCACCCGCCAAGAACAGUCAAGAUUCCCCGCGACUUCCAAAACAGCUCGUGACGCUCCCGUCAACAUGCCGAACGAGGAAAACAAAUUUACUGCAGAUGGGAAAACAAAGCACGAUGACAUCACAAUAGUUCCGGGCAUGGGACGACGGCUAUCAGAAGCAUCACCUUUGGGACGGGAGAUUGUGCCAUUCUUGGAAACGGGAAGAGAAUUUAAGGAGCAUAAGGGUGUUCGGAAAGAGGAAAUAAAGGUUGUUCAGGGGAGUGGGAGGAAGCUGGAUGGGGUCGAGGAGGAGGCUGGCGAACUGGUGAUGCUGGAGAAGGACGCAGUGGUAGAGAAGGCUCGAUGA